GAAGAGUUUCGGGCCAAGGCGGUCACCGGCUGUCCACAGCGAGCGUGGGGGGUAACGCUCGCGGAAUUCGAAAAUAUCACUGCGUCGGAUCUAUUCAUAGGCCGGGGGGCGGAAACGGGUCUCUUGAUCCGCUGGUCUUUGUAGUCUCCCCACUCGCCGCGGGGAGCUCCGUGGUUCUGGGAGUUGAUUUGUGCGUGAGUGAGUGAGUGUGCGUCUGUGUGUUCGAGGGCCGGAGUCUGCAGAUCGGUGGUCGAGGGCAGGAACGAGGAAAUCUAGGUCGGCGCAUCGAGACAGCAGCUUCGAUCUUGCGGGGAGGAGUAUCCAUUUUGUUAGAGGGUGUUUUUUCGUGGUUCGUUCGAACGGAACAGGAUUUCAAAUGCUUUAGAGGCUUGAAGGCUGCGAGCUGAAACAGAAGCUCCGCAAUGGAGCGGGAGCAGUACCGCCAGCGGCAGAGCCCGGAUGCAGCUGAGCGGGGUGGUUACAAGAUGGGAGGAGGGCAGGAGGUUUACAAUAUCAUUCCUGUCCAUAACACGCUUGACGAGCAUCCAGCUUUGAGAUUUCCCGAGGUCAGAGCUGCCAUAGCAGCCUUGCAGGUAGUUGGAGAUUUGAGAAAGCCUUCCAACAUGUCGUGGACGUCCAAUUUGGACAUGCUGGAUUGGCUUUGUUUUACCUUCGGAUUCCAGGAGUCCAAUGCCCGAAAUCAGCGAGAGCACCUUAUACUUCUGCUAGCCAAUGCACAGAUGCGCAUGCAACCCCCGCCUGAUCCAAUCGAUAAGCUUCAACUUGAAAUAGUGAGAGAGAUUCGGAAAAAGAUUACAAAAAACUACAUCAGGUGGUGCAGCUUUCUACGCAUAAAGCACAAUCUUGAGAAAAUUGAGGACCAUGGCAUUAGGCGGAGACAUGAAAGUAACGAGCAAAAGGAGUUAUUAUAUGUUUCUCUUUACUUGCUCAUAUGGGGAGAAGCUGCCAACUUACGUUUUAUGCCGGAAUGUCUCUGCUUCAUAUUUCAUCACAUGUGCGGUGAGCUCAAUAGAAUCCUUGACAGAUCCAUCGAUGAUAGUGGUCAGUACAUGCAACCGGCUUCUGGGGGCAUAGAAAAUGGAUUUCUUCAAAAAGUUAUCAGACCUAUAUACGCAGUUGUGAAAGCAGAGGCAGCGGAAUGUCGAGCUGGGAAAAAUCCUCAUUCAGCUUGGAGAAACUACGAUGAUAUGAAUGAGUAUUUCUGGAGUAAAAGAUGUUUGACUCAACUGCGGUGGCCAUUAGAGAUGUCUUGCAACUACCUUGUUAAGCCUGAGGAUAAAUCAAGGCAUAAAGUCGGGAAGACUGGGUUUGUUGAGCAGAGGUCCUUUUGGAAUAUUUAUCGCAGCUUUGAUAGAUUGUGGAUCGGGCUUAUACUUAUGUUACAGAUACUGAUAAUUGUAGCAUUUAGGGCUAAAGCAGAGCUCCCGCAAGAUACUUUGGCCCCAAGUACUCAAGAAACACAAUCAGGCGCAGCAAAGGCACCUUGGACAAUUCUUGCUCAAAGAGAUUCUCAGGCCCAUGUUUUGAGUAUAUUCAUCACGUGGUCGGCUCUGCGAGUACUCCAAGCGUUUCUCGAUUUCGGAAUGCAGUAUAGUCUCAUAUCUGCGGGGACAGUGAUGGUAGGAUUGCGCAUGACACUGAAAUUAAUAAUGGGGGCCGUCUGGACGGUGCUUUUUUCAAUCUAUUACAGCCGCAUGUGGGCGCAACGAAAUGCCGAUGGUUUAUGGUCAGAUAAGGCUCUGCAGGGACUUUAUCUGUACCUAGGAUUCUGUGCAGUAUUCAUUACUCCUGAGGCUCUCGCGUUACUGCUUUUCAUCCUACCGUAUAUCCGCAACUUUGUUGAGACUAGAGACUGGCGAAUCUUCUCGAUGCUAACUUGGUGGUUUCAGAGUCAUAUUUUUGUCGGACGGGGACUGCGAGAAAGUAUUUUUGACAACAUCAAGUAUACGCUCUUUUGGCUGUGUGUUCUCACCGCAAAGUUCAGUUUCAGUUACUUUCUUCAGGUCUUACCCCUGGUCGCACCAACGAGGGCAACGCUUGAUGUAACUGGCAUAGAGUACAGAUGGCAUGAAUUUUUCAAAAAUGCCAACAGAACAGCUACAUUGGCCAUGUGGGCUCCCGUCGUGUUGAUAUAUUUCAUGGAUCUGCAAAUUUGGUACUCCGUCUUUUCUGCCCUGGUGGGAGCUUUAGUUGGUUUGCUGGCACAUCUCGGAGAGAUCCGGAACGCAGCUCAGCUAAAAGCUCGAUUUCAUAUAUUUCCUGUCGCUGUUCAGUUCAAUCUCAUGCCAGAGGAUAUAUUUGUAAAUUCAAAGCCUUACUCAUGGAGGGCAAAGUGUAACGAUUGGUGGGUUAAAGUGAAGAACCUUGCUAGGCGUGUAAAACUCCGGUACGGGGUUGUGAAGGGACAUCAGGCGGAAGGGAAAACUAUGGAGACGGGAAGAUUUCGGCAUGUGUGGAACGAAAUAAUUCUCAUAUUUCGGGAGGAAGAUUUGAUAAGUGACAGGGAGUUGGAACUCCUCAGUAUGCCUUCUUCAAGAUGGAACAUAACAGUGACCCAGUGGCCCUCAGUUCUGAUCUCGAACGAGGUCUUGAUUGCCCUUGGUCUUUGCAAGGAUUGGUAUUAUACCGAUCAUGGCUUGUGGAAGAAGAUUGCCAGUAACGAGUACAGGCGUUGUGCAGUAGUAGAGUCGUACGAGAGCAUACGGCAUGUUCUGAAAAGGAUAUUACGAGAAGAUAGUGGGGAGUAUCAAAUGUUUCAAGAAAUAUUUGAGGAGAUAACUAAAGCAAUCAAGGAGAAGCAGUUCGUACAGCGAUUUAGCCUGAAGGCCUUACCGAAUAUUCAUUCACGACUCGUGCAGCUGAUUAACGUCCUUAUGAAGCGACCACUUUUGAAUGAUCUACAGAAGGUUGUUGACGCAUUGCAAAACUUGUAUGAAGACUUGCUUCGCGACUUUCCUAAAGAUCAGGAGUUGGGCCGGAACUGGAGGGAGAUGAGUUCAACAUCGUCACUUCUCUUUGUUGACGCUGUCGACCUUCCCGAUGUUACGGAGAAUACUUUCUUUGAUCAGCUGAGGAGAGUACAAACGACACUAAGCACAAGAGAAGCGCUGUUGGAUGUGCCCAGAAAUUUGGAGGCCAAGCGCCGCAUAUCAUUCUUCAGUAACUCACUUUUUAUGACCAUGCCCCGUGCUCCACAGGUGGAAAAAAUGUUGGCGUUCAGUGUUCUGACACCUUACUAUUCGGAGGAUGUAAUGUACCACAAGAAGCAACUAAUCACUGAAAAUGAGGAUGGUGUUUCCAUACUGUUCUAUCUUCAAAAGAUCUUCAAAGAUGAUUGGGAGAAUUUUCAAGAACGUAUGGCAAGGCAUGGUAUCCGUACGGAGUUUGACAUGUGGGAGUUGGAUGAUGGGCUGGAGCUCCGUCUCUGGGCUUCUUAUCGAGGACAGACACUUGCUCGAACUGUUCGGGGUAUGAUGUACUACCACAGAGCUUUAGAAAAAUUAGCGUUUCUAGACCAUGCUUCGGAGCAUGAUAUACUCGAAGGGUACCGGGAGCUCAUGGAGAGAACCUCUGGUGGUGUGGACCCUUUUAACGGUGAAACAAGGGAAGGUUCUUUUAACGGCGAAACAAGGGAAGGUUCUCUCCAUUCUGCGUCGAGUUUCACGGAGGGUAAAGAAGGAAGGAACUACAACGCAUAUAAACGAGAGGAGGAUUUAGCCACCGCUGCAAUGAAGUAUACAUAUGUGGUCGCAUGCCAAAUUUACGGAAUACAGAAAGCGAAAGGUCAACAGCAAGCCAAGGAUAUACUGUACUUGAUGAAGACGUGGGAAGCUUUAAGAGUUGCCUACGUCGAUGAAAAGCCGGGACUGGGCGAUAAGGAUCCAAAGAGGUAUGCCUCUGUGUUGAUCAAGUAUGAUCAAGUGCGUCAAGAAGAAGUGGAGAUUUACCGGGUUGAACUACCUGGAGAUUUCAAGUUGGGUGAAGGAAAGCCUGAGAAUCAAAAUCAUGCUUUGAUCUUCACAAGGGGUGAUGCCGUUCAGACCAUUGACAUGAACCAGGAAAACUAUUUUGAAGAAGCUUUGAAAAUGAGAAAUCUACUGCAGGAAUUUAAACAAUUCCACGGUCGUCGGAGGCCUGCAAUUCUGGGAGUUCGUGAGCAUGUGUUUACUGGUGCAGUUUCCUCGCUAGCAUGGUUCAUGUCGGCGCAAGAAACGAGUUUCGUCACCCUCGGUCAACGCGUUCUUGCUAAGCCCUUGAAAGUCCGUAUGCAUUACGGUCAUCCGGAUGUCUUUGAUCGGUUAUGGUUUAUCACUCGAGGCGGUCUCAGCAAAGCUUCGAGGGUCAUCAACAUUAGUGAGGAUAUUUUUGCCGGUUUCAACGCUACCUUACGAGGGGCUACUGUUACACAUCACGAGUACAUUCAAGUUGGCAAGGGUCGGGAUGUCGGGUUAAAUCAAAUUGCUCUCUUCGAAGCCAAAGUUGCAAGUGGUAAUGGUGAACAAAUGCUGAGUCGAGAUGUUUACCGUCUUGGCCACCGUGUCGAUUUCUUCCGCAUGCUUUCAGUCUAUUACACAACCGUGGGGUUUUUUGUGAACAACAUGAUCGUGGUCCUGACCGUAUAUGCGUAUCUUUGGGGCCGAGUUUACUUGGCUCUCAGCGGAAUUGAGGUGUCCAUCACAAGGGAUUCGUCUGCCAACGGGGCUCUUACAGCAGCGCUGAACCAGCAGUUUGUAGUACAGAUGGGUGUCUUUACUGCCCUUCCCAUGAUUGUUGAAAAUUCCCUUGAGAAAGGCUUUCUCCUCGCCAUAUGGGAAUUUCUCACUAUGCAGCUUCAGUUGGCUUCCGUCUUUUUCACGUUUUCCAUGGGUACAAGGACUCAUUACUUUGGUCGGACUAUACUUCAUGGUGGUGCCAAGUACAGAGCAACUGGACGUGGAUUUGUUGUCAGACACGAGAAGUUUUCUGAUAACUACCGACUGUAUGCGCGAAGCCAUUUCGUGAAAGGACUUGAAAUCAUUAUCCUGCUUAUUGUUUAUCAAAUGUAUGGCUCCAUAAGAAAUACGACUACCUAUAUUCUUACGACGUUCUCUUGCUGGUUUUUGGGUAUAACCUGGAUUCUCGCACCUUUUCUGUUCAACCCAUCUGGAUUCGACUGGUUGAAGUCAGUGGACGAUUUUGACGACUUCAUGACUUGGGUAUGGUACAAAGGCGGAGUGUUCGUGAAGGGUGAGGACAGCUGGCAGAAAUGGUGGGACGAAGAACAAGAGCAUUUUCAGUCAACUGGAUUUUGGGGAAAAUGUUUAGAAAUUAUAUUGAGUCUCCGGUUUUUCUUCUUCCAAUACGGUAUUGUGUACCGACUGAAGAUCUCAAGUGGCAGUACCAGCAUCGUUGUCUAUCUUAUUUCGUGGACAUACCUUUUCGCUGCUGGACUGAUCCACUUAAUCUUAUCGCACGCUGCCGAGAAGUACGGGGCAAAGAGACACAGAAAGUACCGGGGAAUUCAGGCUUUUAUAAUCUGCUUUUUGGUCCUAGCAGUAGUUCUCCUUUUUGUGUUUACAGACUUCUCAAUCUGGGACAUUUUUACGAGUAUAUUGGCAUUUGUACCUACUGGGUGGGGAGUGCUGUCGAUUUGCUUGGUUCUUAGACGACCUUUCUUAGAAAAUACUCCAGUUUGGCCCAUGGUGACAGGCGUGGCGCGACUCUAUGAGAUGGGCAUGGGCAUAUGUGUCAUGACUCCAGUUGUCGUUCUUUCCUGGUUACCGGGGCUGCAGGCUAUGCAAACCCGCAUACUCUUCAGCGAAGCAUUCAGCAGGGGUCUCUCUAUUCAACGGCUUCUUACAGGUAGGAAGGCAACUGGACGGGACUAGUGUUGUAAAAAGACAGCCUCACUCGGCUGGUCGGUAGGGUUUGUUUUUCAGCUAAUUCAUUCGUAGAUACCUCCGGAGUACCUUAGUGUAGAUUUAUUGUGCCUUAAAAUAUUUGUGCAUAUGGGUUUAGAGAAUUCAGCCGGCUACUAUAGUCUUGUAUCUUCCUUCUGAUUCAAGAGCGCAAUUGAGAAUGCUAGGAAGCAUGGCGCUUUUCUUACUGUGGUGAGUAGCUCAUGAUGUUCUCAUUACAAAGCAGAAAAUGAUGACGCCCUACUAUUGAGUCCUGCCGAAUGAUAAGCUGUAUGGUUAUAGGCAUGUGAAAUAUGCUAAGCAGUGAAUGUGAAGUUGCCAAGGUGUUUCAAUCUCUGCAGCGUUGACCAAACUAUACUACAGUGUAAAGCGAGAUCAUAUUUAGGCAGUUUGUGGCUUUUGUAUAUGGGAGUGGGUGUAUAUCUAUCUAUGGGAUUCUAUUAGAGGUUAGAUCAUUUUGGAAGACAGAGCUGAGUGUGGUCGAAAAUUAUUCUCUA